AUGCUUACUGUGUUUGACUAUGCUGGUCAGAAUGUGUUCUAUGUCACACAUCAUUUGUUUAUGUCAAAGGCUGGUUUUAUGUACGUUGUGUUUGAUGCUUGUCAGCCAAUGGAUGGCAAGACUCCAUCUCAGUUUCGUUCAGAAGAUGGACAAAUUGUCCACAUUCCUUUGUUUGACGGCGAAACAAAUUUUGAUCGACUGAAAGAGUGGGUAUCAGGUGUUCAUAUCAUGGAAGGUGAUCAGUCACGUCGUAUCAUGAUAUUUGAGAAAGUAGGAAUCAGAUCACCUGUCAUGUUUCUAGUAGGAACACAUGUUGAUAAGUUAAAGGAGCAGCCAAGGAUGAUGGAGAAACAGGAUGCAUUUAUAAGGAAGAAACUGGAGGGCACAGAGUUGGCAGAGAACAUCAUAUGGGCAUCUAAAGAUAUGAUGUGCUUCUAUGUGGAUAACACAGUGACAGACCCAGACAGUGGUGUUGUAGAUCCACAGGUGACUCUGCUUCGUCAGAAAACAGAGAAGGUGGCUCACAAGGUGGCCCAACAUCACAGAUUGCCUAUCAGCUGGCUCAAUAUGAACAGAAUGUAAGAGAAGUGAAAGACUCUUAUCCAACAAAGAGAACAACAACUGUUGAUGAAUUACUACAGCUUGCCAUGAAAGCUAGUGGAAUCAAAGAUCAAAAUGAGCUGUUGGUGUUGCUGCAGUAUUUGAGUAGUCGCGCAGUGUUGAUGUAUCAUCCCAAGGCAUUGAAGAGUGGAGAUAAAGAAGAAGUCGUGUUAGAUGUGGAAUGGUUUAAUUGUAUCACAGCUGCAGAAAGUGAUCACAAUACACGUGGAAGGUGAUGUUCCUCCCAUGUUCUGGAAUGAUGUAAAACGCAGCAAAGAGAAAGGCAUUAUGACAAUGUCACUUGUGAGACAUCUUUUAUCAGAUGCCGGAGGAUCUGCUCAACGUCUCAUUGUGUCACUGAUGAGCCAUUAUGAUUUGCUGUGUGAUCGAGUAUCCAGUUAUUGAAGAAGAGGAUCCGGACAAAGCAAGCGAUUGCAAUGAUUUUCUAAGCCUGAAGGAAGAAAGAGAAGGUCAGGCAUGCAAUGAAGAACGUGAUGUGUUGGAGAGGCAUGCUUGUCUUGUUCCUUGCCUUCUGGAGCAUGCAGUUGGUCUUGAAUCAGACAAGAUGAAUGACGAGCAGAAGUUAUUACUUCUCAUCUUGUCAUCUGCUCCCAUCCGCAUUACACAGCCAUUAUUCUAUAGAGUACUGACUCUUCUGUGUAUACGUUUUCGUCGCUUGGCAGUUAUUGACCGCAAUGUGGGCUACUUCCACAUUUACCCUGGUCAUCGACUGGAGUUUGCUCUCAACAGAUACAACUUUCAAAUGACUAUCUUGUCAGAUAUACAGUCACACCUACCAAUUCCAAAGUGUGUGGUACUGUUCGUGAGUGGAUUGUGAACAUUGUAGACAAGGCAAAACAGUAGGGAAUGGCUGGGCUCAAGUUAUGGCUCAGAUUUCUACAGAAUGCAUCGACAUCAAUAUCUAGCAUUUCUAAUGCUGAGUUUAUUUCUCUCGAUAGAUAUCAAAGUAGUCAUUAUUCACUGUACAGUAGUAUGACAAAAACAGAAGUUCAACUUUCUACCAGACUCUACCUUUGGUAUCUACAACUUGAGUGCUUUCAAACUGAUGUCAUGUCACCACUGCAUCAUCUUUCACAGUCACCACAACAACAACCUGCUG